AUGGGUUGCCACGAAGCACUCAAUAACGGAGACGUCGUCUACCUCGUUAUCAGCUGUCUUACGCCGGAAAUCGAGGAUCGCGCACCCCAGUGGAAGCAAGAACGUCGCGAACGAAACAAAGCCCUGGCACGUUUUGCUUGCGUCUGUAAGAGCUUCCGUCUUCCGGCUUUGCAGAUGCUCUGGCGGAGGCUGGAGAGCAUGCUGCCUCUACUUCGUCUCUUUUCGGCGCUACGACAUGUCAAAGCCGAGGAUGGAGACAAUGAAGUUGACCUGCACGUGCUUUCAGGCGAGAUCCUCCCUCAUGAGUGGGAGAGAUUUCUCGUGUACGCACAAUAUGUCCGCACAGUUGAUUCGGCGUCGCGUCCAGUGGGCUUUGCCGCGCAGACACGGAUCGCUCCCUCGGUAUGGAGCCACAUGGGACGCCUCGCAUGCGGCAACCCUCUUUUGCCCAAUCUUCAAGAGCUCGGCUGGGUAGUCCCUUCGCCGCAGUGCACUGGGAUCCUUCCGUUUCUCUCGCCGACCAUUGCACAGCUCAACAUCGUCUGUUUCGGGAUUGACGGCGAUGCCGCUGCGGACAUCGAGCACGAAUGGAACGUUGCGCUACAAGCCAUACUGCCGACCGUCUUCUCCGUUGCUUGCCAGAUCACCAGAUUGACCAUGACGACUGGUCAGAUCGACUACUUUACACCUCAUCUAGCCUCUCUCCGCUUCCUUCGCUAUUUCCGCGCCACUAGGGUGAACAUCCGGACCCUGCGCAUUCUGGCCGCUCUUGAAGAUCUCCAAGAACUUCACGUUGGCAAUUUCGACACCGCGGACGAAGCCGUCAUAUCGUUCUCAGGAUUUUUGCGACUACGGACUUUGAUCAUCUCCGAACACCCCUCCAGCAGCUCGGUCUACAACGCCUUUUCCUCUCAAGAACUCACCAAGCUGUACGUACUCGAAUACCCCGGCGAGUAUCGCCACGCCUUACCUGAAACCUGCGAAAUUUGGGCACAUCGCUUCCCGAGUCUGCAAGUUCUGUGCUUCUAUAUUUCUCGACACAGCGGCGAUGACGCUUCGCAAGUGCGUCCACUCCGCGACGCUAUUACUCCGCUAUUCGCCCUAUCGGAUCUGCGUACCGUGGGGUUGGCCACUUGGCACACGGUGUUCUCGAUCGAUGAUUCCGACAUGGCGGCAUGCUCGCAGGCGUGGCAUCGCCUCGAGGCUCUGCGACUUAGCUUUCCCUUCGGCACGAGCGAUGCGAGGAUGGACUCGAACACCUGCCCCACCCCUUCCUCCUUGCUCGCCUUCGCUAAGAAAUGUCCAGAACUCAAGGAACUCCGUAUUCGACGCCUCAAGGUCAAUCGCGACAAUCUGCUGCAUCUGAAUACACUCACUUCUCAUUGGAGCCACGGGCUGCGGUAUCUUGACGUUGAGCAUGUCGACGCCGAUGAUAACGUGGUGCCGGAUCUCGCCCGAUGGAUCGUCCGUCUUUUCCCGCAUCUCGUGCCUCAAGUCCGGAAUCCAGACCAGAGCUGGAAACGAGUACUCGAUGCAGUGAGGAAAUGCCAGUCUGGGGAUAUAUAG